GAUAACACGUGGCUGUCGGUUUGUGAUACUGUUGAUAGUAUAGAUUGACAAGUGGUCGUCAUGCCGGGUCGUGGUAGACCUAAGACAACUGGUAAAUCACAUAAUAAGAACAGCAGUUCAUAUAUUCAUGGAAAACGCACAAUCGAUGGCAUUAUUAAGUCUACAGGCGGGGGAAUGGGGAGGUUUAUCACACGACAGAACAGUCAGAAGACAUCAGACGAUAUUGUUGACAAGGUCGAGGUCAUUGACUUGUCGUCUGCAACAGCUGCCUUACAGUUGCCAGCUGUGUGAGGACAUGAAAACCGAGACAUCCAUGGAUGGAGAGACCUCAGAAGCCUGUGUGAAGAAAGAGGAGACGCUGGAGCUGAAUAUCUACAGCUAUGGAGACGAUCUCGACAACCCACCUGAAGGUCUCUCCGUUAAAGUGGAAGAUCCUGACGAUAAAGACUAUCUCUACUGUGAAGUUUGCAAAUCCUUCUUCCUCAACAAAUGUGAGGUUCAUGGACCACCCCUCUUCAUCCCCGAUACUCCUGUUCCCAUGGGAGUCCCUGACCGAGCCAGACAAACACUUCCUCCUGGGCUAGAAAUCCAGAAGUCCAGUAUUCCUGAUGCAGGCCUGGGAGUGUUUAAUAAGGGGCAGACUGUUCCAGUAGGUGCACACUUCGGCCCCUGCCAGGGAGAGCUGGUGAACCGAGAGGAAGCCAAGAACAGUGGAGGCUCCUCGGUUGUAUGCAUGCAGUGUGAAGAAUACAUCGAUGCCAAAAGAGAGAUGCAUGUGAAUUGGAUGAGGUAUGUGAAUUGUGCCCGUAAUGAAGAAGAACAGAAUCUUGUGGCAUUUGAGUAUCAAGGGAGAAUUCUGUAUCGUUGCUGUCGAUCCAUUAACCCAGGACAGGAGCUCUUGGUGUGGUAUGAAGAGGAGUACACCAAAGAACUCAGUCCUGCACCUACAGGAACAACCAGACAGCAAGAACACCAGCGCAUUCACACAGGAGAGAAACCGUAUCACUGCUCACAGUGUGGAAAGAGUUUUACUCAUCAGAGAGAUCUCCAACUACACCAGCGCAUUCACACAGGAGAGAAGCCGUAUCACUGCUCACAGUGUGGGAAGAGUUUUACUCAUCAGAGUACUCUCCAAACACACCAGCGCAUUCACACAGGAGAGAAGCCGUAUCACUGCUCACAGUGUGGGAAGAGUUUUAUUCGUCAGAGUCAUCUCCAACAACACCAGCGCAUUCACACAGGAGAGAAGCCGUAUCACUGCUCACAGUGUGGGAAGAGUUUUACUCAUCAGAGUAAUCUCCAAACACACCAGCGCAUUCACACAGGAGAGAAGCCGUAUCACUGCUCACAGUGUGGGAAGAGUUUUAUUCGUCAAAGUCAUCUCCAAACACACCAGCACAUUCACACAGGAGAGAAGCCGUAUCACUGCUCACAGUGUGGAAAGAGUUUUACUCAUCAGAGUCAUUUCCAAAUACACCAGCACAUUCACACAGGAGAGAAACCAUAUCACUGCUCACAGUGUGGGAAGAGUUUUACUCAGCAGAGUCAUUUCCAAAUACACCAGCGCAUUCACACAGGAGAGAAGCCGUAUCACUGCUCACAGUGUGGGAAGAGUUUUACUCAUCAGAGUGCUCUCCAACAACACCAGCGCAUUCACACAGGAGAGAAGCCGUAUCACUGCUCACAGUGUGAGAAAAGUUUUACUCAUCAGAGUACUCUCCAAACACACCAGCGCAUUCACACAGGAGAGAAGCCGUAUCACUGCUCACAGUGUGGGAAGAGUUUUACGACGCAGAGUAAUCUCCAAGUCCACCAGCGCAUUCACACAGGAGAGAAGCCGUAUCACUGCUCGCAGUGUGGGAAGAGUUUUACGACGCAGAGUAAUCUCCAAGUCCACCAGCGCAUUCACACAGGAGAGAAGCCGUAUCACUGCUCACAGUGUGGGAAGAGUUUUACUAGUCAGAGUCAUCUCCAAACACACCAGCGCAUUCACACAGGAGAGAAGCCGUAUCACUGCUCACAGUGUAGAAAGAGUCGUCUCCAACAACACCAGCGCAUUCACACAGGAGAGAAGCCGUAUCACUGCUCACAGUGUGGAAAGAGUUUUACUCAUCAGAGUGCUUUCCAAACACACCAGCGAAUUCACACAGGAGAGAAGCCGUAUCACUGCUCACAGUGUGGAAAGAGUUUUACUCAGCAGAGUGCUCUCCAAAAACACCAGCGCAUUCACACAGGAGAGAAACCGUAUCACUGCUCACAGUGUGGGAAGUGUUUUACUCGUCAGUAUGAUCUCCAACGACACCAGCGCAUUCACACAGGAGAGAAGCCAUAUCACUGCUCACAGUGUGGGAAGUGUUUUACUCGUCAGUAUGAUCUCCAACGACACCAGCGCAUUCAUACAGGAGAGAAGCCGUAUCACUGCUCACAGUGUGGGAAGAGUUUUACUCAGCAGAGUCUUUUCCAAAUACACCAGCGCAUUCACACAGGAUAGAAGCCGUAUCACUGCUCACAGUGUGGGAAGAUGUUUGCUUGUUUAGUUACAUUUAAGACCUUCAAGUGCACUAACUCAGAGACAUUGCAUGAUUUAAAGUUGUCAAAUUAAAUAUGGUUAUUACAGUUUUGACUGAAAAUGACCUGUACUUUGAACUUUAUUUUUCAUGUUACACUGGUCAACAAUUUUUCAGAAGUUGUCUGCUUCAGAGAUGAAAUUGGCUAUUAUGAAAUUUGGUGUGUUGAAUUAGAAGUGACAGUUAAUCAGCUGAUUGGCUAUGGUUUCCAAGAUAUUUAAGAUUUUAAAUUUUAUACUUAUGUACAUUGUGUAGAUUGUAAUGUUUUAAAUAUAAAUUGUAAAACUAGGUCUCUUCAUGUGUUUAU